AGGCACCCGCGAGGUUGUGAAGAGUCAGUAAGGAGAAGAGUGAAACUCGAGUGUGAAAAAAGCAGAAACAAACUACGGAAAAUUAAAAUCAUGAUGCCAAAAAUGACACGGUCGACGUCAUCCUCGUAGUUCACGUCGUCAGUUGCCUGCUUCCUGCUGGAGGAGCACAAAUACGUUCACUACUCUGGAUGCGGAAAGACAUGUUGUGCACAACAUUUCUGAGGAUGGGUGUCGUGCCCCGAACCUGGUGCGGGGGGAUCUUGAUCUUGGGGUUACGGUUGGCAGGGCUAGUAUUGCAACCUGUCGUAGUUGUUCGUGGCUAUGACAGCCAAGCAUUCAAGGCGUCAGAGGACCAGCUGAGGCGUGUGUGGAAUUUGCCUGACUGCUCAGACGUGACCCAGGAAGCUGUGACAAAUGGGACCACUUUUCCAGCUCACUCCAUUGUAUGGGCGGACGAGAAACCAAAGCUGGCGGCCACUGGCGGCUAUCCAGCGAAUUUGCCCGUGGUCAUGGAGAUCCUGUUUGAGAAACUGCUUGGGCACGACACUGUCGAGAAAGGACUCGAGGCGACGCAAGAAAAACUGACCGAUGCUUCCCACACAUGCCUAUUCGGCGUCUCGGCGUUGCUGUUUUUUUACACCAAGUACUGUCUUCGGAUUACUUAGGCAUGAUCCACGCAACUGAUGCAGGCAGUCCUAGAUUGAUGCUAGUGCGAGUGAUAGGUAGGCACCGUGUGCAAAAGCUUUUACUUUUAGCAGAAACUACAGAAAAGAGAUGACCUGAAGUUACUUUUUGUCACUCUUGAAGAUCAUGAUCUUCUCGUUAUCCACUGGUCCCUCAUAUGACAACACGAGGUAUCUCGUCGACUUUGAAGACGAUUUAGACGGUGCCUUUAUCUACCAUUCGCUGUUUGAUGCUUUUUACGCUGGGUCGCAUCCACAUUUGAGCGAAAAAGGACAUUGGGGAUUCGUAGAUGCUGACGUCACCAUGCUAAGACAGCGUCUUCUCGAAAAGAAGUUCCAAAGAGGUAAGCGCAACGACGAGAAAAAAGCGCAAGAAGAAGCUAAAAAGGGAACGGAAAAUUAAGAGGAGGAAGGUUUUUCAUGCGCCGUAAAAGAACGGGUGUUCCUAGUGAAUACCUUUUUAACUUUUCGUAGUCAUUCGAGACGUAGGAUGAUGCGAACGAUUGAGACGUAGGCUCCUACAACAACAAAGCGGCCCGCUUGCGCUGCUCUAAGAAAAGAAAGAGAUCGUAGAAGUGAAGCCAGCAGAUCGGCUGUUCUUGAACAGCGUGGCGACAAUGGCGGUAGGCAAGGAUACGGACGACGAUGGCAGAAUCUGGUGGCAUCGAGAACACACAAAGAAUUAUGAUUUACGUUCUAGAGGCAGUCCCGAACACUUAACAGAUGAACAACGUUGUGACAACGAUGCACCUUUGAAGCUGAAGAUUCACUGUCCCAUGUUCAAGCACACGCUCAAGAGUGAUAUUUACAUUUUCGUGUUUCAUCAUUCUCGACAUCAAACAUCAGUUGCAGACUUGCUAGUAGAAAGAACGCAAGCUGCCCAUCUAAUGCAGAUUACUGUAUCGGGCACAAGACAAGAUGCGAGAAUUCGUCAUCAGUGCGGACAACCCGCUGGCUCGGCGAUACUAUUGUGAAAUAAAGGGUGGCGACGCGCAUCUGACGACAGCCAUGGAACGACAUUUGCUGCAAGUGUUAAGGGCUUCCACCAAAUUACAUUCCCCCGUACGAAACCAUCCUUGGCUCUUUUCCUAGUAGAAAAAAAAGCCAGAAAUGUUCUGAGGAAUGUAAGUAAUCCCGUAGCCUCUAAAGGUGGGGGAACUGGAAGAGUCGGCGCUAUCCAUCAAGAGUGACCACAUAGAAGCAGAAAAAAGUGAGCUUUCGCCGUGUGCCACGGACCUCCUAAUGAAGCAUGCGAAGGCCAAAAUACCACAUUAUGUGUCAUCGUUUCUGAGGGACUUUCCGAAAGUCUUGAAAGUUGGAAGAGUUCCACAUGUAACAGGUAUUAAUUGUUCAAAGUAGGUACUUUCGGGCGCUUAGAGUAUACUGAAACGAAAAAUUAUGAAUAUAUAUUAUAUAUAAACAUGACUUGUUAGGUGCGGCAGCGGCACAUCAUAAAAAUAGAGACACGACAGGACGACACCAUCUAAGAAUCUCAAUCCGCUGGGGCGCCGCCAAUAAAGAUCUACGUGUACCCAGUGAUAGAAACACCAACACUAUUUCACCACUUGGCUCAAGCAGCUAGCUUUUGCGGCAGAGGACAGUGGGCUUCAGAAGUACACUUUCACGAUUGGAUUAUGCAACAUGGUUAAGGCGGCUUAUUUCUUGUUUUGCAUGUUUGAUAGUGCACACCCACACUCAGGCAAUGAAUCAUGGAUUUUCAUAGAAUAGCUUCGCUUGAGACGCCAUGGCGAUGAAGAUCUGCUGCGGACUCUUAUAAAUAUCAAAGGGUAGUUUGUUGAAGGGCGUUUUCCAACGCAGUUGUUAUCCAAGCAGCUCUUAUCACUCCUGGUAUGCUAGCCAGUGUUAGACUUCAUGGAAUGCAUAUGGAAUCGCUGUAAUAGCGCUUGGGGUCUUUCUAUAGUGAGUGUGAAGGAAUCUGAAUGUUUCUAACAUGUAAGCCUGCGCACGCUCGAUCCUGAGGAAGCAGACUACUUCUUCGUUCCUGGUUACGCGAUCUGCAUUUUCGAGUCUGGCUUUCUGUUAUGAGGCUCCGUCUUCUAUCAUUCUUACUUCAGGUUCUUCGUCGGCACUCGUGUGCUGAGAGUUCAACAUGUACUCGAAAUUCAGUUCCCUUGGUCGCAGGGCAGCAGUUCAUCAGAAGUACGUCUCUGCUGUUGUUUUUUUCGUCAAUACAUCAAAAGCGAAUUAAGAUAGUCGUCAAAAGUGUAACUACUGUGACUGAGACUGUGUUGUGAUCAUAAACAGGAUCACUCUCCUGAGUCGUGCAAGACCUUAGCUCUAAGACCCAAGCUGCCGGAAAUCGAUCAGGCCUACCGCCAACUGGUCCAUGAGCUGCCAUAUUUUAAUCAGGGCCGGGAACGUCGACACAUCUUUACGUUUGGGUCUGGCAUGGGAAUCAGCGUGUUUUUCAGCUGGAGGCAAGUGUUUCCCGAGGCGAUAUUUCUGACACCAGUAUGAUGGACGUUGUAACUACUUACUUGAUCAUGUAAGAACUACAACUUUAUCGUAUGCCUAUAAAAAUAAUCGGUGUCAUCGACAGUGUGAAAGAAAUGUAUUAGUCAGAACCAAAGCCGCUCUUAUUUACCGGUAACUUCAAUCCACAUUGUGCAUGGGACUUUCACUUUCUUUGUCCCAAUGUAUUACGAAUAAAAGGUUCUAGUUGAAAGCUAUGCUGGUGCAAUCUACCUAUUCUUACUCACUCUCAUAGUCUGAAACUAGUCUGUACAACGACUUUCCGCAUAUCACUGAGGCGCCGUUUUCUUCGUGGAAAGACAUAGCGAUUCCAGGCUAUUUGCAUCGCAGCGAAAUUGCUUCGCUUACGGCUGCAGCUAGGCCAGUGGAGGAAAAAAAGUGAGACCCUCAUCGCUUCUUAGUUUCAGCGAACUUUAUGUUUAUCGCGGUAGAGAUCAGUUACAGUUCCUUUUUCUCUCUUUCUUUCCUCAUAAGCUUUUCUGUUUUAACGAUGUGAGUGACCACGUGGUUACCCUAGACUAGUAACUCACAGUCACACCAGAAAAUUUCCCUUCGAAGAUGCCUGCGUAGUCCAACAAGAUUCUUUGGCCAGGUAUACAGUAGUUUUUUUCGAACGGACUUACGCAACAAAAAUAUGAUCUGGCCAGGUAUACAGUAGUGUUUUUCGGACGGACUGACCCGAGUCGUGGCGUCCAUCCGGCUUUGGGCGGCCUCGAUGUACGCAAUGAGAUUGUACGAGUGAUGGCGGAGAUGCCCGAGCCGAAGGAAGACUUAUAUUUACGCUUCAGGAAAAUAUCUAGAGUAGAGCGCUUCUUCAGGAAACAUCAAGAUCAAGAGUACUAGAUCUAGAACAAAGACUUAUGUUGAACAUCGCUUUUUCAGGAAAAUAUCUUAUUUUCAAGAGUGCUAGAACAAACGUUUUUCAACGUCAAUAAUAGGGUCGUCAACUACGUCCACCUCCAGGGUAUCAAGGGUUCGUAGAGCAAGUGUUUGAUGGGGUACCUCUCAGUGUAUAUCUUCAAGGCUCUCAUCUUCAUAUCUUCGGGAUCUUUAGGGUCGUCUAAUGCUAAUCCAUUAUUCUCCAUCUAACAAAUGUCGGCUACACUUCCUUGCACGAAAUGCACGAUCUGAUGGGUUCAAGCCGCUUCUGUUUCAUACCUCGAGGGAAGUCCGCGUGGUCAUUACGCUUUUACGAGGCGCUGUUUGCGGACUGCGUGCCGGUCCUGUUGAGCGACUAUUGGGAACUGCCUUUCGCCGACUGGCUCGACUACGCUAAAUUCACGGUGAAUUAUGAAGGGAAGAGUGGUCCUGAGCGACCACAAUAAGCUUAUUAUAACCUUAGAUAGUUGAAAAAAAAAAUUCACAUUUAAGAUGAAGAAAUCCCGACCACAAUAACUACUCUCUGUGGGAGAGAGUUCUCUAGCUCAUGAGAUCCCAGAGACUUGUAGCUGUAGGCGCACCAGUAGAGUUCACCUUCACACACUGUUGUAGAAGUAGAUAGAAACGCGAUUAUAAGUUUAAGUGUUUUAUCCUGCUGAAAGAACAACAGCUGGAGACAUUGGCAGCAGCGAUGUCACAUUAUAGCAGGUUUCCAACCACAUAUAGCUCUAGCAUGAUCUGCAUGUCACAGUCACGACUUUCUCUAAAUUGAAUGGCCUAUGAACCGUGUCGGACCGGAACUUAUCGACUACCUUCGAUCCGUAACACCUGCGGUCUGGCAGAAAAUGGUAGCGGAAAUUCAUCGUGUGCGCUGUUGGUUCGUCUACCCUAGCAUCGCUGCAGAGAUCCAUUAUUAUGAUACUGCAGAAUAAGAACGAUUAUUUGUAGUUGUAGAAGUCGCAACUUGCCAAGGUUAUUCAUGAUGAUGCUCAUUUUUUUCUAAGAAAAAAAUCAAUGAAUUCUGCUGUACACCUUGGUUGUAUUUUUUUUGUUUGAAGGAUCCGUUGACGCCAUAGGGCGCAGAAGAGCAUGUUGGAGAUUCUGAGUAUUAUUACUUUACUUCGGACUCGGAGUAUUUACGGUUACUAUUAUAAGUACUUUCCUUAAUAGAAGUGGUUGUAUUUUCUGGCUCAUCUAAAAUGACAGCAAUCCUGUGGAAAACAAUCUGCCUUAUUUGUGCCGCAAUCCUACGCAAUUCGCAGGUGAUGCAAUUAUUGAGGUCCUAAGGCGUAAGAAUCUGGCAGCACGUGACCCUAUUUUAGUCCCUGACAGCAGAACGGAGCCGGAUCCGAUGAGCGCACUGCUACAAGAAAGUGGAGAAAGCGGAACACCACAGGAUGAAACAGAGGAUGCGAGUGCGACAGUUAAGGCAAGUAGGUAGUACUAACUUAGUGUUCUUGGAGUUUGCGCGUCAUCCAGUGUGACCCAUCUCCCUGAGCUGAAAUCCUCUUAUACUGUAAGGGUGUCAGGGGGACCGAAAAAAAAAGAUCUGUUCUACUCAGGAUUGAAACGAAUUUAUUUGAUCGCUCAAGUCCCAAUGAUGAAAAAGAAAAACUGGAUUGCUACUAAAUUAGGCGAGCAGAGGAACAAGGCUGACAGCGGAGUAACAGGUAGCGGAUUAUCGUCGUCAACAACUGCAACUCUAGAGGGCAGUGCUACGGCAGAAAAAUCAUUCUCGAAAGAAGAGGAGUAUGCAUCCUCCAAAGUUAGCCCGAGCAAACCGGCUCCCGGUCCUUCAGGGGCUCCUACGACAAGCGCAGGAAAGGACAGCACGACAGCCCAUUCACGAGAACCGCAGAUAAACAGCAGCCACAAAGUGACCGCGCAAGAGCUAGAUCUGCAGACCGGCAAGGUAGACACUGGGAAAAAGCUAGUGAAGAAGAUCAUCGACGAAAAGAUCGUGCGGCACGGUAUGAUGGAUGAAGAGGAGGGCGACGUGAUACAAAAUACGGAAGCAUCGGGAGUCCUGCCAGAUAACGUCGUGUCCUCGAUAACCGAACCAGCAGCAGCAGUCACUUCGAAUAGUGCUGAGCCCUCAAUUGUAGACUCGAUUGUUGGGCUAUUUCGCUAGAUCACCUUCUAUUUUCACUAGAUCACGUAUUCUUGGAUAGAGGCACUGACCCUGCUAUUAUACUCUGCUUGCAUGACACUAAGGCUCCUACAUCCAAAUUUACAUUUUUAUUCUCUUUUUAGGCCUUUGCCGUGGCUCGAUACAACUGAAACACAUGAAUUAUGAACCUGCGUGAUUGCAAACGCACGUUCAUGUUUUAUCAGAAAAUGGACACGUCACAUCAAACACGUUGGAAGGUAAAGACAAAGAGCGCAUCAAUCAUACUCACGGAGUACAAUGAGUUCUUAGAAAAGGAUAAGUAAGCAAGCGCGCAAGG